AUGCUGAACUGUAUCGACAAUUCCGGUGCUGCGCUGGUAGAAUGUGUUCGAGUGCUCGGGAAGAAAAGGCCCGCUACUGUUGGCGAUAAAAUAGUAGUCGUCAUCCAGAAACAACGAUCCCUGGGCCACGAUCUUUCCGCCGCUGCUCAGGCCGCCGUGAAAGUUCGACGGGGAGAUAUCUCUCAUGCAGUAGUUGUUCGGACAAAGAAGGAAUAUCGAAGGGCUGAUGGGAGUUAUAUUCGAUUUGACGAUAACGCCUGCGUACUUAUCAACAAGAGUGGCGAUCCACUAGGGACCAGAUUGAGUGGUGUCGUUGGGCGCGAACUCAAGAGAAAGAAGUGGUCAAAGAUUUUAUCCCUUGCCCCGGCCUAUGUAUAA